AGUCCGCCAAAACAAAACAUAGUGGAGCGAUAAUACGACGGAACAAGUUUAAAUUUGAUAAGUUUGUUGGAAUGAAGGCUGAAAAUAAUCUAAAUGAAAGUCAAUCUUAUUUUGAUAGUCAUUUAGAAUCUAAAUAUCAUCAACAUAAUACAGCAGGGGACUAUCUUAAUAAAUUGGGUGUUCAAGAAUAUAAUUUAGAAGGAUACGCAAGAAAUCUUAAUAAUUUAGCACUAGAAGAUAAUCCCGAAGCUAUACUAGAUAUCUCUUGCUUAAGAAAUACUAAAGAUCAAAAAGUUUCAUUAAAUGAUGCAGAGCAUUUUGAUAUAGAAAAAGAACUUUCCGAACGAUUUAAUUUAGAUUCCGUUUCAAAAGAUAUAGUUUUGCCUCAACUACCUCAUUCACGCGAAAAAGAACGUGAAGAAUGUGAGAAACGAAGAAAAAUUGCUGAGAAUGUUUUGAGAAAAUCACGCGAAGAAUGUAUAAGAUGUGAAGAAGAAGCUCAACGAGUUCGUGAAAGUGUUUUAAAACUAGACGCGUCAAAUUUGCCUUCAAAAAAUCUGACAAAAUCUAUACAAAGUUUAAACGCUAUCGGUAAUGGUACAACAAAUCAGACAAAUUUUAAACGACAUGGUUCCUCAACAAGUCUUCCACCCUCUCUUUUCUCAAGCUCUAGUCCACUUAAGAAGCACACAAAUAUUUCUCGAUCUAUGAGAACGAUGCCCCAAAUGAUAUCAACUUCAUCGGGUAAAAAUGUCUUGGAAUAUGUAUCGACCGAUCCGUCAGACAGUCGUGGAGAAACUCUCAUAAAGUCUAAUUCAAAAAUCACCGAUCCUAUCAUUAAUGCUAUAGAAACAGGACAAAUACAAAAAUUGCUCGACAUAAUAAAUUCGUCAAAAAAUGGUCGUAUUAUCGACAAACGAUACGAAAAUGGCAACACUAUACUGCAUUGUGCAACAACUGUUGGAAAUGUUCAUAUUGUUAAAUUGUUAAUGGAACGUUUCCCUGACUUGAUGAGAGUAGAAAAUAAUGAAAAAUUAACGCCACUAGGUUCUUGUAUUAAAGCAGGUCAAGUAGACUGCUUAGAUUCUCUAUUAAGUUCUCAAAAUAUUCCCUCCUACUUCCUACCCGGAGAUCCUGUUAGAAGAUCUUUUGUUCAUUUGGCGGCUAAAUACGGCCAAGAUGGUUGUCUUAGAUUGCUAUUACAACGACUUGAACGUGAAAAAGUAAAUGUAGACGAACUUAAAGAUAUAAAUGGCAACAGCCUUGCCCAUGUUGCUGCCAAAUAUGGCCAUUUAACAUGUUUACAAACAUUGGUAGAAUUCGGUUGCAAUGUAACUUCAACAAAUCAAAGUGGACAUACUCCAUUGUAUUUAUCAGAUUUCAACAAUCAAAGGCAGUGCACUGCAUAUCUUGGUUUGGUUCAUACGUGUAACGAGAUAGUAACGAAGCUAGCUAAUGUAAGUUCGCUAUACUCUGAAUGUAGACAAGAAAAUCAACAAAUGGAAGAAUUUACUGAACAGUUACUGAAUAUAUCAAGCCGUAAUAUAACUGAAUCUCGAGAAGCCGCAAAUGAUUAUUCCUUAGCUACGAAUCUCAUAGAGAAAUAUAUGCAAUUAACUAAUGAUCUUCUUAGUAUAUUAAGAGAAAGAGGGCGUUGUGAGAGAUCAACAAUGGAUCACUUUCACAAAGUGCAAACUACGCUAUAUGAAGAUGCAUUAAAGGUGCCUCCUCGCACAGUUAACUUUGCCAAAUUUGACCAUUUACAAGCUCGUGUUCAAUCUUUUCGAAAUGAUUUAUCCUAUUUGCAAAAAGAGAGAAGAAUUAUUCUUUCGAGUGAAGUUUCUUUAAUAAGGGAUCCGAAUUUCAUUUUUAAGCAACACUUACAUUCCGUUCUUGAGAAAUUAACCACAUAUAGAGCAGUUCAUCCACAUUCCCACAAUUUUCAGCAUUCCCUCGAAGAACAUAUGGACGAAAUCUCAAGAUAUCAACCGACAGAUCGCCUAGGGGUUAGGGCUGUUAAAUCUCCACCAGAAGUUAAAAGAGAUGAAAUGAAAAUUAUAAACUUCAUUAAAACUCAGCAAAGCUCAAAAUUACACCAAGAAUUUUUAAGCGAUUCCUCAACUGAUCCAGACACGGAACCUGAAUAUUUUGAUCGGUCUGGUUCUAAUAAAAGAAUAAAAGAAGAAGAUUCCGAUUCAGAUCAAACAAUAUCAGACGGUAUAAACGUUGUAGCUAAUGAAAAUUUAGCCGAAACAAAUGACAAUGGAAAAAUAGAGGAUAUUCUACAGGAAGAGAAUUAUCUUGCAGGAUAUUUAAGAGAACCUCGCUUCGGGGGAACAGGAACUCUCUCACCAAUCGAAGAAGUUUCCGUUGUAAGCGAUAGUGUUAUAAGUCGUUCUCGAUUAGACGACGAUGAGGAUGAAGGGGAACGUCUAAAAUCAAUUGAAGAUACGAAAGAGAAUGAUGAUGAUAAGUCCAAACCAUGGUACGAAGUAAGCGAAGACGAAGAAGAAUUAGUUAAUGGUUAUAAACAUAUGCAAACUAGCAAUGGAAUGAAUAGUUUACCAACACACGAUCACUUUACACUGUUAUAG